AUGGAUUUUCUCAUAUUGAAGCCUGGUCGCUGCCGAUUUCCCCAUGUUGAAGGCGAUUUGAUACCGUGGACAAUCCAACGGCGAGAAAUCCCUCUUCCUCUUACUCAACGACCAACAACCAUGUUCUCAGUCUCUUUACUCGUCGCUGGCCUUGCUUCCGCUGUCUUCGUUAACUCGCAGACGAUUCCUGCUAACUGCACUCGUACCUACACGGUGCAGUCUGGCGACUUCUGCGACAAGAUCUCGGCUACUCAGAACGUCUCUACUUAUCAAUUGGCGACGGUUAACAGUGGGAUUAUCAACACUGAAUGCAGCAACCUCUUUGUCGGAGAGGUUCUCUGCCUCGGGUUAGAUGGUCAGGAUUGUACCCAAGUCGCGGUCGUUACUGCGGGUUCGGACUGCAAUACAAUUGCCACCGCGGCUGGGAUCUGCUUCGCGGAUCUGCUUCAAAACAACCCCAACAUCGACGCUCAAUGUACUAAUAUCUACGGCGGCGAGGUACUUUGCGUCGCCCCUGUCACCAACUAG